AUGUCCUGCUCGCUGCUCCCCUUCUGCCACUUCCAGGACCUGGAGGCGGCCCGGGACUUCCUGUGCCCGUAUCUCCGCCAGGGCGGCGCCGCGGCUGCCAAGGGGAGCGGUGCUGUACAAUCAACUAAAAGAUGGUCCCUGCCCCAAACAGCUUACAGUCAAAGUAGAAGACAAGAGACAACAGAUGGCUACAGACAGACACGGGGGAAUACAAGGAAACCACGAAGCAAUAUUGGUCAGCAUGUAGAUAAAUCACCAAACUGGGAAGAUGAUGGCUGGGGAGCCUGGGAUGAAGCAGAAACACAAGAACCUGUAAAAGAAGAAUCCACUUGCAAGACACAGACAAGUUACUGGCUUCAAGACUGUGUGUUAUCCUUGUCACCAGCAAAUGAUCUGAUGGUAAUAGCUCGUGAGCAGAAAGCUGUCUUUUUAGUGCCAAAAUGGAAAUAUAGCGACAAGGGAAAGGAGGAAAUGCAAUAUGCUGUUGGUUGGAGUGGCUCUCUGAAUGUUGAAGAAGGUGAAUGUGUAAGUAGCGCAUUGUGCAUUCCACUGGCAAGCCAAAAGAGGAGCUCCACAGGCCGUCCUGACUGGACCUGCAUCGUGGUAGGUUUUACCUCUGGCUACGUCCGUUUCUACACUGAGACUGGAGUCCUACUUCUUGCACAGCUCUUAAAUGAAGAUCCUGUCCUGCAGCUUAAAUGCAGAACCUAUGAGGUUCCACGGCAUCCUGGAGUCACAGAACAGAAUGAAGAACUGAGUAUCCUGUAUCCAGCAGCAGUUGUGACUAUUGAUGGUUUCAGCCUCUUUCAGUCCCUUCGUGCUUGUCGUAAUCAGGUAGCAAGAGCUGCAGCAUCUGGCAAUGAGAACAUACAACCCCCACCAUUAGCCUAUAAGAAGUGGGGUUUGCAGGAUGUGGACUCCAUAGUUGACCAUGCCAGUGUGGGUCUCAUGACUCUGUCUCCUUUUGAUCAAAUGAAGACUGCCUCCAAUAUAGGUGGUUAUAAUGCAGCUAUAAAGAAUAGUCCACCUACUAUGUCUCAGUACAUUACUGUGGGCUCCAAUCCUUUCACUGGUUUCUUUUAUGCCCUGGAGGGUAGCACGCAGCCAUUGUUGUCUCACGUUGCAUUAGCAGUCGCUAGUAAACUGACUUCAGCAUUCUUUAAUGCUGCCAGUGGCUGGCUUGGUUGGAAGAGUAAACAUGAAGAAGAGGCUGUCCAAAAGCAGAAACCAAAAGUUGAACCUGCUACCCCUUUAGCUGUGAGGUUUGGACUUCCAGAUUCCCGGCGCCAUGGUGAAAGCAUAUGUCUGUCUCCAUGUAACUCGUUGGCAGCAGUAACUGAUGACUUUGGAAGAGUUCUUUUACUGGAUGUUACACGAGGACUUGCCAUUCGCAUGUGGAAAGGAUAUCGUGAUGCACAAAUUGGUUGGAUUCAGACUGUAGAAGACCUUCAUGAAAGAGAAGCUGAAAAGACGGAUUUUUCUCCUUUUGGAAGUACUCGAAGUCCAAGUAGAGUGGCUCAAUUUCUUGUGAUCUAUGCUCCAAGAAGAGGAAUCCUGGAAGUGUGGAGCACUCAGCAAGGACCCCGGGUUGGUGCCUUCAAUGUAGGGAAACACUGUAGGUUGCUGUAUCCUGGCUAUAAAAUAAUGGGUUUAAACAAUAUGACUAGUCAAGGUUGGCAGUCUCAGACUUACCAGAUCUGUCUUGUUGAUCCAGUGUCUGGAAGCAUAAAAACUGUUCAUGUACCUUUCCAUUUAGCACUAAGUGAUAAAAAGAGUGAACGAGCAAAAGAUAUGCAUCUAGUGAAGAAGUUAAGUGCUUUACUCAAAGCUAAAACCUCAAAUCUGGACAUGGUUGAAGCUGAAGCAAAGGAAUUAAUUCUUGAUAUUAAAUACCCUGCUACAAAAAAACAGGCUUUGGAAAGCAUAUUGGCAAGUGAACGUGUACCACUCUCCGCUCUCUCAAACAUCACUCAGACACUGAUGGACACCUUAAAAAACCAGGAAUUUGUGUGUGUUGAUGAAGGGUUGCUCCAGUUUUGUGCAAAUAAGUUAAAGCUGCUGCAUCUGUAUGAGUCAGUCAGCAAACUGAAUUCUUUGAGCAUGCAGCCAAGCACUCCGCUCUCUGAUAAUGAUUUGGCUAAACUACUCAGGCUGGAUGACAAAGAGUUUGCUAGGCUCCAGACGUUAUUGGAAAACUACAAGCAAGAGAACACCCAAACCACCGUUCGAUUUGCUGAUGACAAAGAUGGUAUAUUGCCUGUGAAAAUGUUCUUGGAAUAUUUAGAAUAUGAAAAGGACAUGAUUCUAGUGAAGAAACUAGAUGAAGGAGAAUACGUGGCUUUAGGGAGCUUUUUUUUCUGGAAAUGUUUGUGUGGAGAGAGUUCCACAGAGGAAAUGUGCCAUACACUGGAGUCUGCAGGAUUUAGCCCUCAGCUAUUAUUGUCUCUGCUUCUCAGUGUGUGGCUUUCCAAGGAAAAAGAUAUUCUAGAUGAACCACAGUCUAUCUGCUGUCUUCACACUAUGCUGUCCCUUCUGAGCAAAAUGAAAGUUGCGAUAGAUGAGUCUUGGGAUUCUCAGUCAGUUUCCCCCUGGUGGCAGCAAAUGCGCACAGCUUGUGUUCAGUCUGAAAAUAAUGGAGCUGCCUUAUUAUCUGCACACGUUGGGCAUUCCGUAACUGCACAGAUCACUGACAGUAUGGCAGAAAAAAAAUUUUCCCAAACAGUUGUAGGUGCUGACACAGAUUCCUGGGAAGCACUUUCCCUUGAUACUGAAUAUUGGAAACUUCUACUGAAACAAUUAGAAGAUUGUCUCAUACUUCAGACACUAUUGCACAGUAAAGUGAGAACAAGGACAACCAGAGUAUCAUCUCUGCAGGCUGAGCCACUCGGCAGACUCUCUGUAAAGAAGUUGCUUGAAGGAGGGAAAGGAGGUAUUGCUGACAGUGUAGCAAAAUGGAUUUUCAAACAAGACUUCAGUCCCAUGAUACUGAAGCUGGCACAACGGAAAAAAGAGACAGAAAGUACAGAGGAACCUGUAGAAAUUGUCAGGAAUGUUUCCCUUGAGAAGCAAGGAGCAGAGAUGGGCACGGAAACAAUCCUAGAGUUGCUGCAUUUAGCAUAUCAGCAGUUUCCUUGUAGUCUUGAAUUGGAUAUACUACACACACAUUGUUGUUGGGAAUAUGUAGUGCAAUGGAAUAAAGAUCCGGAGGAAGCACGUUUUCUCAUUAGAUCUAUAGAUCACCUCAGAUGCAUUGUUAAUGCCCACAUACAGCAUGGUAUUGCUCUAAUGAUGUGGAAUACAUUUAUAGUAAAAAGGCUCUCUGCUGCUACGUACCUAAUGGACAAGGUUGGAAAAGCUCCGAAGGACAGAUUAUGCAGAAGGGAUGUAGGUAUGGGUGAUACUGCAAUGACAUCUUUUCUUGGCUCAUGUUCAGAUCUUCUUCAAACCUUAAUGGAGGCUGAUGUUAGUAGUGAUGAAAUGCAAGCUCCAGUAUUGGACACAGAAGAUGCCUGGGUGUCAGCUGAAGGACCAAUCUCAAUAGUAGAGCUAGCCCUGGAGCAGAAACACAUCCACUACCCACUUGUCGAACACCAGUCGGUAUUGUGCACUAUAUUAUACGGAAUCAUGAGGUUUUCUCUGAAGAGUGUGAAACCUCUCUCACUAUUUGACAGUAAGGGCAAAAAUGCAUUUUUCAAAGACCUGACUUCAAUUCAGUUGCUGCCCAGUGGGGAUAUGGAUCCAAACGUGUUAUCCAUACGCCAACAAUUCUUAAUGAAAGCUGUGAGUGCAGUGGUACAAGGCCAGUGCUCCGCACAAAAGGCCAGAGGGCUCCCAGAAGAGGCACCACUUCCUGCUGAAAAAGACAAGGACUGGCCAGCUUUGGCUCUGGAUUUGGCACAGCACCUUCAGCUCAGUGAGGAUGUGAUUAGAAGGCAUUAUGUGUGUGAACUGUAUAAUUACGGCAUGGAUCAUCUCGGAGAAGAGGCCAUUCUUCAAGUGCAUGACAAAGAAGUGCUUGCAUCACAGCUACUUGUGCUGACAGGACAGAGACUGGCCUAUGCUUUACUACACACACAGACGAAAGAAGGCAUGGAGCUGCUGGCCAGACUUCCUCCAACACUAUGUACCUGGCUUAAAGCUAUGGACCCACACGAUCUUCAAAAUGUCGAAGUGCCAAUUGCAACAACAGCGAAAUUAGUAAACAAAGUAAUAGAGCACUUACCGGAAAACCACGGGCAAUAUAGCCUUGCCUUGAAUCUGAUCGAGGCUGUAGAAGCAAUCUCUUCAUGACAAUUUACGUACUAGUUUUAAA